AUGGGGUUUUUUGAUGAUAAAAAGAGAGAAGAGGUCAGGAGAAGACAAAAUACUGGAUUUCUGACUGAUUACUUGAUAAGGAGUGAAAUCACUGACUAUUAUCGGCUUCGUCUUUUGGUCAAUUUCAUAUUGGGGCUUCUGAUCUCGUCUUCUCUAUAUCAUGCUGGAUGGAAAAAUCUAAAUUUUGGAGAUUUUGAUUAUACUUCUGGGUUGAUUGUAAAAUGGACAAUCGUAUCCUUCUCAACUUAUGCCUUCACUGUUAGCCCAACUUUUCGAUGUGCUCUUUUUUGUGUUCUGAUUGGUGCAUUUGGAAAACAAGGACAAUACCCAUUUACAAUGCUGGUGAUGAGUAAUAUUCAAGAGGGACCAAUUACGAAUAUGAUGUCCAAUUAUGAAACAACAUCUGAAAUUGUAAUGUGUCACAUUGAAUUGCAGUCGAAAAUUGUAGCCAAUCGAGUUGCAUUGUUGACUGGUCCGCUGGAAGAACUCAUAGAAAAACUUAUGGCCAAAGGAAUUCGGGCUAUGAAAGCAGUCUCACGAGAAACAAGAGCCCUAAUAACCCCUUUCAUGGAGUUGCUCAAAAAGGAAAAAACGAAAACUGACACGAAAAUUGAAAUCGAAAGAAAUCAAUUAAGAGACAUUGAGAAAAGAAAAGAGCGAAUUUUGAAAAUGUGGGAGAAGUCGAUGAAUCGAAAAUUAACAGAAGACGAUGAGAUUGCUGCAGAACUGCUUCCCGCCGAAAACCUGAUAAACAAUGUGACCAUUGGCGAGACACCAAUUUGGCAAAAGUUCAAGACACCUCUCGUGCAAAAAAUGGCAAAUAAAAUGUCAAAAAACUGUGAAGAAAUGUUCAAUAAAGGAAUCGAUAAGUGUAGGAAUGUGGCAUCAGAAUUAGUGACUUCUUGCAAAGAUGCUAUAAUUUGGCCUAUUGAAGCAUUCAUCUGCCCAAAACUGAACGUUGAGGGUCUUUGUGAUAAGGGUUCAUCUCUGAAUAUCUGUAGAAAUCAACUAGAAGAUAGCCAUGUGGAUCCAACUGUUGAGAAGGAUAUAAUGGAUGUGAUGGAAUUGACAGAACAAUUAGAAGAUAAUAGCAAAAUAGAAUUGCACUCAGUCCGAGUUGAAACACCUCGAGUUGCUAUUGAGUACAGACUUUCAGAUCUCAAAAUCAAGAUUCGAGCUGCCAAUAUUUAUUUCAAGAGCAUUGUUGGAGUGUCCAAACAAAUAUUUCAAGCAUUCUUCAUCUAUUUUGUCUACACCAUUUUUCGGGAUUCUGUUGGAAUGAUUAGAAAGUAUCAGGAUGAUGUGGCCUUCUCUAAUUCAUUUGUUACCAAGGAAUUCUGGAUGAUUGAUAGUUUCCGAGAAAGUCAAGGGCAGACACACUUAUCUCAUUUUUCUAAGCAAGAGAAAAUAGAAUGGAAAAUUAUGGAAGUAUUCAGUUUUCCAACAAAAGCUGAACGAUCCAAAGCGAUUCGUCCGUUCUUUAAAUGGUUCGUACUAGCUCUCACAGUUGCUGUCAUCGUUAUUAUGGACUACUAUCUUUUUGUUUUUCUAGAUUCGGUUGUUGAAUCUGCUAGACAACAGGUUAAGCAAAAAGCAAGUGCACCUGCUGGGCUCAAUAUUACCGGAGAAGGAGUACUUGCAGAUUUUCUCAAGACAAUGACAUCAACAAAUGAGACGUUGGAGAUUGAUCAGACACUUUCCAAUGAGCAUUGUCUCACGAAACCGUUAUCACCAAACACUGAUAUUUUGAUCUACUGGCUCGGACUUCCCCUUCUGCUUUCAUUCCUCUUUCAGGUUGUUUUCUCGUUUGUUAUUCGUCGAAUUGUACUCAAUUACUUUCUCCCAUUCAUGUUCCCACAGAGAUCGAGAGUUCGAUUGAUACAGUUUUACAAUAAGGUAAUAGGUUUUAUCAGCCAUUUUCUUCCUAAAAUCAAUUAUUUUUUGUGUUUGGUGAAUCGUGAAAAACAUCGAAAAGAAGCGAGAGCUCGUAUUAGAUUUACGGUGGAUCGGAGGAGGAUUGAGACGCUGCACAAAGGAGAAUUCUCAGCCGGUGGAUCAUUUUUGAAACGGCAUGUUUUUGAAAGAAUUUCCAAAACUGCUAAAUGUUUUCUAUGUCAAGAGAAGACCUAUGCUGGAAAGCUUCUUUAUUGUGCAGAAGCGAAAUGUCAAUCGUCGUUUUGUAAAGAUUGCAUUGAUGACAAUUUCGGAACAUGCUAUGCUUGUAUGGUUAUCAAAAAAGAGAUAACAGAUCAAAAGUCGAAAUUGAUGGCUCCGAGUGAAGCUGAUAAGAAAGACGAAUUUCUAUCCUAUGAUGAGUUUUUGGAGCGGAUGGAGCAUAGUAAACAAAAGUGA